AUGCUCGAGAUCCCUGAUAUGCCUUUGUCUCUCGCCGCGCCGGUGCUGGCCACGACCCUCGCUUAUCUCAAUGCGAAGUACUCGCUCUUCUAUGAUCGCAUGCUGAUCAAAGUUCUUCUCAAGAUUGCCGUUAAUCUUCGGUCGGGCGAGCGUCGUGAUAAAGUCAAUUUAUUCUACAAGCUUGAAAGCCAUGCUCUGAAUUCUAAAACGAGGGACCGACCGUUCCUUGUCUACAAUGGCCGCAGCUGGACUUUCCACGAGGCAUACAUUACAGUACUGCAGUAUGGGGCGUGGUUGAAGAAAGUGCACGGGGUCAAGCCCAGAGAGAUCGUGGCCAUGGAUUUCAUGAACUCAUCCACUUACAUCUUCAUCUGGUUCGGUCUCUGGAGCAUCGGCGCCGUGCCCGCUUUCAUCAACUACAACCUAUUAGGCAAAACUUUGACACAUUCUGUUCAAACCUCGUCGGCGAGGCUGCUGUUGGUCGACGAGGAGCUGCGCGCUCAGUUUCCUCCCGAACAGCUUGAAACUUUCGCGUCCCCGGACUUUCGAGAAGGCAAAGGAUCAGUCGAUGUGGUUUUAUUGACGAGUGAAACGGAAGCGCAGAUCCUACAGGUGGAGCCAACCCGUGAGGACGAUCAGGUUCGCGAUGGAGUCAAGCUACGGGAUACCGCUGCGCUUAUCUAUACGAGUGGGACGACUGGCCUCCCGAAGCCUGCCAUCAUCGGCUGGAGAAAGGCUUGGAGCACGGGUAUCAUGAUCACGAACUGGAUAAAUCUUAAGAGCACGGAUCGUUACUAUACAUCGAUGCCCCUCUAUCACUCCUCGGCCUCUCUGCUCGCUGUCAUGCCGUGUCUAUGGACUGGCUGCGCCUCGAUCAUUGGCCGCAGGUUUUCUGCCCGCAACUUUUGGCAAGAGGUGCGCGAAAGUGAGGCCACCAUCAUUCAGUAUGUGGGCGAAACCAUGCGGUACCUCCUUGCUGUGCCUCCUGCUUUCGACCCAGUGACUGGAGAGGACUUGGACAAGAAGCAUAACCUUCGACUGGCCGUGGGCAAUGGUCUUCGCCCAGAUAUCUGGAACCGAGUGAAGGAGCGCUUCAAUAUCCCUGGCAUCGCCGAAUUCUACGCAUCUACGGAGGGUACAUCCGGAUCGUGGAAUCUUUCAUACAAUGACUUUGGUGCUGGAGCCAUCGGCCGAAACGGAGGGUUCACUUCUUGGGUCCUUGGACGCAGCAUAGCAAUGGUCAAAGUUGAUGAAGUCUCACAGCAGCCUUGGCGCGACCCGAAGACGGGGUUCUGCAAGCAGGUGCCUCGAGGAGAGCCAGGAGAGUUGCUGUGGGCGUUGAACCCCACUGACCCCAACGAAACCUUCAGCGGAUAUUUUAAUAAUUCCAAGGCUUCGGACAGCAAGGUCAUCCGGGACGUUCUGCGCAAGGGUGACGCCUUCUUCCGCACCGGGGACCUGGUCCGAUGGGACAAAGAGGGUCGUUGGUACUUCAACGACCGCUUGGGCGAUACCUAUCGCUGGAGAAGCCAGAAUGUGUCGACUGCCGAGGUUUCCGAAGUGCUGGGAGGCCACACAGACGUCCAUGAAGCGAAUGUAUACGGGGUGGCGCUGCCCCAUCACGACGGCCGAGCUGGGUGUGCCACUAUUCUUCUUCAGCAGCAGACUCGCGCUGACAACCCGUCCAUUCUGAUUCCUCCGACGCAGGAGACUUUGAGCAGCUUGUCUGCGCAUGUUUUGAAGAAUCUCCCGCGGUAUGCCGCCCCGCAAUUCUUGCGCGUGACGCUGGCCAUGCAAACCACGGGCAACAACAAGCAGCAGAAACAUGUCCUGCAGUCGCAGGGUGUUGAUCCGUCAUUGGUUGCUGCAGAGGACAGAUUGUACUGGCUGCAGGGCAACCAAUACGUGCCGUUUGAGCGUGAUGAUUGGAGCCGAUUGCAGGCCGGAAAGGUGAAGCUGUGA